AUUCAACGAAGAGACGCGAUUGGUGCCGAUUACAACGCUUGUGAUUCCGCAACGCACAGAUAGAGCGGGGAAAGGAGUCGAUCUGCAACUUAACCACAUGUAUAAAACAUUCAAUUGGACAAAUUAAUCUGUGGUUGUUUGUUCUAAAGAAAGGGACGACAGUAGCUAUAUCUGAAGGAAACGGCGGUAUUGAUGUGUUUCUUCGUUGACGGUUUGACGAAAAAGCUAGCGGAGCACAGCCGGCGAAUUCUACCCGAUCCAAGGGGGCAAAGGAACGGUUAGCUAGCAUUAGCCUGUUAGCUGACCGUUAGCACCGGAGGGGUAAAUCUACUCUCGCUGUACACCUGCGUCCCGCACUACCCUGCCUAAAACUAUUUGACCGGUUACAGUUAUCGUCGUGGUCUUAUGUCGCUAUAGUUCUCAUUGUUCUUGUUUUAAACCAAGAGUUCACACCAAAGAAGGGAGAGGACCUUGACUGGCUGAGGUUGGGACCAGCGAUACAAGCGGUGUCCUCAAGUGGUCGUUUACCAUGGACAACGCACACACAAAGACGGUUGAAGAAGUUCUCAGCUUUUUUAACGUGAAUGAAAGCACUGGUCUGAGUCUAGAGGAAGUUAAAAAACAACGGGAACGAUUUGGGCCAAACGAAUUACCAGCGGAAGAAGGCAAAUCCCUUUGGGAACUGGUGAUUGAACAGUUUGAAGAUUUGCUCGUGAGGAUCCUUUUACUUGCUGCCUGCAUAUCCUUUGUAUUGGCUUGGUUUGAAGAGGGAGAAGAAACCGUUACAGCCUUUGUGGAGCCUUUUGUUAUCCUACUUAUUCUCAUAGCAAAUGCUAUCGUUGGAGUCUGGCAGGAGCGAAAUGCAGAAAAUGCCAUUGAAGCACUCAAGGAGUAUGAACCAGAGAUGGGGAAAGUGUAUCGUCAGGACAGGAAGAGUGUCCAGAGAAUCAAAGCCCGGGACAUUGUGCCUGGAGACAUCGUGGAGGUGGCUGUUGGGGAUAAAGUGCCUGCAGACAUCAGGUUGUCUUCUAUUAAGUCAACCACACUGAGGGUAGACCAGUCGAUUCUUACAGGAGAGUCGGUGUCUGUGAUCAAACACACAGACCCGGUGCCAGACCCACGUGCUGUCAACCAGGACAAGAAGAACAUGCUCUUUUCUGGUACCAACAUUGCAGCUGGCAAAGCUGUUGGUGUGGUGGUGGCAACAGGUGGCAACACAGAGAUUGGUAAAAUCCGAGAUGAGAUGGCAGCAACAGAGCAGGAGCGCACACCAUUACAGCAGAAGCUGGAUGAGUUCGGGCAGCAACUAUCCAAGGUCAUCUCACUGAUCUGCAUUGCUGUGUGGAUCAUCAACAUCGGACAUUUCAACGACCCCGUCCAUGGAGGCUCCUGGAUCCGAGGCGCUGUCUAUUAUUUUAAGAUUGCUGUGGCUCUGGCAGUUGCUGCUAUUCCUGAGGGACUUCCUGCUGUCAUCACUACCUGCCUGGCCUUAGGAACACGCCGCAUGGCAAAAAAGAAUGCCAUUGUUCGCAGUUUGCCCUCCGUAGAGACCCUUGGCUGUACAUCUGUCAUCUGCUCUGACAAAACUGGCACACUUACCACCAAUCAGAUGUCUGUCUGCAGGAUGUUUAUCAUUGACAAGGCAGAAGGUGAUCACUGUUCACUAAAGGAAUUCAGUGUGACUGGCUCCACAUAUGCCCCGGAUGGUGAAGUGUUUCAUGAUGGAAAACCAGUCAGAUGUUCUCAGUAUGAUGGCUUGGUAGAGCUGGCCUCUAUCUGUGCUCUCUGUAACGAGUCGUCACUGGACUAUAACGAGACCAAAGGUGUGUAUGAGAAGGUGGGCGAGGCAACGGAGACGGCGCUGACAUGCCUGGUGGAGAAGAUGAACGUGUUCGAUACCAACAUUAAAGGACUGUCCAAGAUUGAGCGGGCCAAUGCCUGUAACUCUGUGAUCAAGCAGCUGAUGAAGAAGGAAUUAACCUUGGAAUUUUCCAGAGAUAGGAAGUCUAUGUCUGUAUACUGCACUCCUAAUAAAGCUCGCUCCUCUGUUGGCAAGAUGUUUGUUAAGGGUGCACCAGAGGGAGUGAUUGACAGGUGCACACAUAUCCGUGUAGGCAGUAACAAGGUGCCCAUGACCCCUGGCAUCAAGGAAAGGAUCAUGUCUGUGAUCAGAGAAUAUGGGACUGGCAGGGACACCCUGCGCUGUCUGGCUCUGGCAACCCGAGAUAACCCCAUAAACAAAGAGGACAUGUUGUUGGAGGAUUGCUCUCGCUUCAUACAGUAUGAGACUGAUCUGACAUUUGUGGGCUGUGUUGGCAUGCUGGAUCCUCCCCGGGCAGAGGUGGCAGCCUCCAUUAGGCUUUGCCGCCUUGCAGGCAUCAGAGUCAUUAUGAUUACUGGAGACAACAAGGGAACAGCAGUGGCUAUUUGUAGACGUAUUGGUAUUUUUGGAGAAAACGAUGACGUUUCCAGCAUGGCGUUCACUGGCAGAGAGUUUGAUGACCUGUCAUCUGCUGCACAAAGAGAUGCUGUAGUCAAGGCUCGCUGCUUUGCUCGUGUUGAGCCUGCACAUAAAUCCAAGAUUGUUGAAUAUCUGCAGUCUUAUGAUGAAAUUACAGCUAUGACUGGUGAUGGAGUAAACGAUGCCCCUGCUCUCAAGAAAGCUGAGAUUGGCAUUGCCAUGGGCUCGGGAACAGCUGUGGCCAAGACGGCCUCAGAGAUGGUUCUGGCUGAUGACAACUUUGCCACCAUUGUAGCAGCAGUUGAGGAAGGCAGAGCCAUUUACAACAACAUGAAGCAGUUCAUCAGAUACCUCAUCUCUUCAAAUGUGGGCGAAGUAGUGUGCAUCUUCCUGACAGCAGCACUGGGGUUCCCUGAGGCUCUCAUCCCUGUUCAGUUGCUCUGGGUCAAUCUGGUUACUGAUGGUUUACCCGCCACUGCUUUAGGCUUCAACCCACCAGACCUGGACAUUAUGAGCAAACCUCCACGCAAUGCUCGAGAACCCCUCAUCUCUGGAUGGCUUUUCUUCAGAUACCUUGCAAUUGGAUGUUAUGUCGGGGCUGCCACCGUUGGUGCCGCUGCAUGGUGGUUUGUUGCUGCUGAGGACGGGCCGAGGAUCACCUUUUACCAGCUGAGCCAUUUCCUGCAGUGUGGUCCAGAAAAUCCAGACUACCAGGGUCUGGACUGUAAAGUGUUUGAGUCCCCUUAUCCUAUGACCAUGGCUCUUUCUGUGCUGGUCACCAUUGAGAUGUGCAAUGCUCUUAACAGUGUGUCAGAGAACCAGUCGCUGCUGAGAAUGCCUCCCUGGGAGAAUGUGUGGUUACUGGGAGCAAUCUGUCUCUCCAUGUCUCUUCACUUCCUCAUCCUCUAUGUGGAGCCUCUUCCAAUCAUCUUCCAGAUCACCCCUUUAAAUCUGACUCAGUGGCUAAUGGUGCUCAAGAUCUCCCUGCCCGUCAUCCUACUGGACGAAGUGCUUAAGUUUGCUGCCAGGAACUACCUGGAGCCUGGUAAAGAGCUGGAGAAGCCUGACGGCUCCAAACGCUGCUCCCUGUCUGCAUGUAUGGAGGGCAUCUCCUGGCCCUUCGUGGCCAUUUCGCUCCCCUUGGUCCUCUGGAUCUACAGCUCCGACACUAACAUGGCCGACAUGUUCAUGUCCUGACUGACUUGAGCACAACCUCGACUUUUCCAUUCCCCACCCACUGCCAUCACUUCCCUGUUUCCUCUCCUUAUCUAUCUCUGCCUUCUGAAAUGUGCAUAGCUAGAGUGUGUGUUUGUAGAGUUAGUGUGUGUAUGCUUGUACGUAUGAAAAGGACCAACUUCAACUCAUAAAACAUAACAAAUAAUAUAAAAUGUUAACAUUGAAAGAAAAAAAAACACUUGUUUUGAGUUGGGAUAGGACUGGUGGAUGGGUGAAGCUUUAAAUGUGAGUGUAAGAAGACCAUCACUCCCAUGGCUGUGGACUUUGUUGCUGGUUAAAAAAAAUAUAGUGUUUCCAUUUUUUUUUUUUUUUUUUUUUUCCCCCUAUGUCAAUAUUGCCUUUAAGGUAUGAUUUAAAUAUGUUGGAAAUGUCAUGUCCUUUGUCACUACAAUUACUUAAAAUGGUUUUGUUUAGUUUCCCUCCUAAAGAAAAGGAAAUUUAAGAUAUCAGAAAUUAUUUGAUCUGUACAGAGAUUGAACACUAUUUUAUGCAAAUUUUUUUUAUGGCUUUGUAAAAUUGUUUGACCGGCGUGGCUUAGACAUACCGCCUUCAUUUUGUUUUUUAAUGUUUACCAUUGUGUCUUCAGUACAAACAUAAAUCUCUGAGAGGGCAAGCUCCAUGUGGCAGACAAGGACGGGAAAAGGUUUGGGAUGCUCGACUUAAUUAAAAGAAAAGGAAAAAAAAAAACUUUAAAAAAAAAAAAUCCCGAGAAACAAAAAAGCUGCAUGUCCUGUGACCAAGCAUGAACUGUAUGCAGUUUCUCAUUCCUAAUUUAAUUGUAUGUGUCCCUUGUUCAAGCAUAAAUGAACUUUUUUGAUGUUCUUUUUUUUUAUUUUUACAAAAUUGAAAAAUAAAUCAGUUUUUCUGCACUGGGCAGAGCACAGCUACCUCAAUAGGAUAAAAAAAAACUAUUUUUUUUGCUCAUCUCGAGAUGGUUUCAACAGUCUUGCUAAAUGAUAACAUCUGAGGUGUGCCCCUAUUUGCUUGUGCAGAAAACAAAGAACAAAAUCUUUCUCUAACACUUUGAAGGAUAUAUUUUCUUUGUAUUGACUGGUGAUGUUUAUUAACUCUGUGUUUUGCUGUGGAGACAGAGCUGGGUGGGGAUGCUGUAUAUUAUUUACCGUCUCCGUGGCGUUUGAUUCAAAGGACAUUAAUAUUAAAAACUUAAGAAGUAAAAAUUCAGCAAGUAUUUAAAAUCAUCAUUGAUUGCAAAUUGAAAACCCUAAAUGUUUUUUUUCUACAAGGAAAAUACAUUUUUGAACCCUUUGAAUCAAGUGUUUUCUGUCUUUAUUUAAUCCAGUUGAGUUGGCCCAUGUUUAUUCUUUCUACUCAUAUCCUGUGUAUAUUUACUUUCUGUGGAUAUAAUACUUGAAUACACAUUAAUUUCAGACAUCUGAAUGCUUCACUUUUCUUAGUGCAACAUGGCAGGCAGCAGAAGUUCUGGCACAGGAUCUGAUCUGGUGAAUACUUGGCUUUGAACGCUCAGUUGGUGUUGGUUCAGAUCUGACAGUCAGCUGAUCCCUAAGCAUCAUUGUGUGGACGUUUCCAUGUGUGGGGUGGAAAAAAAAACAAACUGAGGCAUGUUUAGGUAGAAACUUGGGUUUGCAUUGCCUGUUUUUCUUUUAACAAAUGUGUACUUUUUGCUUUUCUUCAAUGCCUUCCACUGGCUCCCCUGUCAUUUGAGUGAGUAUUCAUUUCUUUCAUCCUUUAGUAAAUACAGAAGAAACCAGAGGAAAUACUUUCCAAGACAUGCUACCAGAUUAGACAGAUUUAGCUUUGUUAUUGUAUUGAGAUGAAAUUUGUCGUAUGUUAUUGUACAUAUGUAAAGGACCAGUUAUGUGUCAUCAUUCCAUCACAUGCCACUACUGUGAAUGCCACUGUGCUAUUCUUUUCACAUUCUGACACUCGCUUAUAGUCACAAAGACUGCAGGGGGGGAUGGGGGGGUUACAAUGAAAGAUUUUAGGAGCCAGUAUUUGUUUUGUUCUGACACGGUUUCUUCUUUUUAGGUUGGCUUUCAUAAUGGCUUCUAAAAAUUUAAGAGUGGACUCAGAAGUUGAAGUUGUCCUACCAUCCAACAUGUGCACUCAUGCUUAACUUCACUCACCUCAGACGCCAUGACGACUAGCAGUACGUACCACUACACAGGCGAAAGUUUUUCAGGAUACAACAACCAAAUAUGUAGAAGUAUACUUAUAGUAGUAUGUGUUGAAACAGAUGAACACACAUACCUCUGUGUGCAUAUGCUAAAUAACACUGUUCUAGUUUUAACAUCCAGGGAAAUUUCCUCCUUGCAUGAAGAACUUAUUUCCACCUUCCAUGGUAGCUCGGCACAUAGGGAGUCUUUAAAACCCUGGUUUGAAUGGUCUUAGCUGUACAUCAGUGUACAAAAACAUUCAUGCAUGUGAUUCAGCUGUAUAUUGGCUUUGCAAUUUGUAUUUAUAGAUUCUAAUGUAUAAUACUCAAACGACAUUAAAGGUUUUAAGAGAUCUAAUAAAUGUUGCAAAAUCUUUUUAUUGUAAUUGUUUGGAUAAUUUGCACAAUAUUAGGAACUUGUACCAUUUUUUUCUUCAUUAGUUAACUGUUGGCUGUUUCCUCAUCCAGUUACUUUAAUUUGCAAUGAAUACAAGAAGAUGUGGCUCAUACACUGGUAAACCUGCAAUACUACAUGUUUUUUUUUUGUUUGUUUUUUUUUAAUUGCCUUUGCAUUCUUCUUAUUGUAUAUUUAUCUAUUGCUGGAAAACUGUGAUUAAAUGUGAGGGGUGUCCUGUGCAGUCUCCUUUGCAGCACCUGGUUGAAGAACAAUAUUAAACAUGUAAAGAAGACGCAGAUCAUUACUAGAGAUUAAUAAUGAUCGUCCAUGCAUUGCUGAGGUUGUGGUUUCAGGUAAAUAAAACAUUAGUAUUUGA